AUGGCUAUCACACGAUACAACCAACAUCCAGAUAUUUUUCUCACCAUGACUGCAAAUCCUAAUUGGCCAGAAAUUACUUCGGCAUUAUUACCACACCAAAAGCCUAUUGAUCAUCUUGAUUUAAUUGCCCGUGUUUUUGAGUUAAAGAGAAAGUGCUUGAUGAAGGAGAUAGAAACAAACCGAGUGUUUGGUAAUAAAGUUGCGUAUGUUUUUACAAUUGAAUUCCAAAAGCGAGGCCUUCCUCAUAUGCAUGCACUUCUAUUUCUUAAGGGUCCAGACAAAAUUCGGACAUGUGCUCAAUUAGACAAAUUGGUUUGUGCAGAAUUUCCAGAUCCAGAAGAUGAACCUAUGCCUUUUGAAACUAUCAAGUGUUGUAUAGUACAUGGACCAUGUGGUGCUCGAAAUCCACAGGCACCAUGUAUGGAAAAUGGUAAAUGCACUAAGAGAUACCCUCGAGCGUUCGCAGAAACAAUUACUAUGAAUCAAGAUGGAUAUCCUAUCUAUCGUCGUCGCAAUAAUGGUCAAGCUCAUAUUGUGAGGGGCAAAGAAGUUGAUAACAGAGACAUAGUACCAUACAAUGCAUAUCUUUCUAAACGUUUCAACUGUCACAUAAAUGUGGAAGUUUGUGCCGGAAUGAGAUGUGUCAAGUAUAUACACAAGUACAUUUAUAAGGGUUAUGAUCGUACAACGAUGGUGUUAGGAAUGAUAAAUGAGAUUCAACAAUAUCUCGAUGCAAGGUAUAUUGGACCUCCAGAAGCUGCUUGGUGA